GAACCACAGUGUGUGAGAUCCUGUUGGAUUCCUGUUUGGUCAGGAACACUUCCACAGAUACAGAGAAAAAUCCUGCUGCUGAAUUUGAUCCCUGUGUUAGAACUCUGGGUGAUAGCAGCCCCAGAUACCUGCUGUCCUUGUACACACGUUCUAAAAUCAGGAUGGUUUGUGCUCCCAUUCACCUUCCCAUGGGCUGCGAGGGGCUCUGGGUGAACGUUCUUGUUGUCCAAAGGAGCUGGAAACUCCCUUGCACCAUAAAGCCUUGUGACGUGUUGAAAGUCUGGGUUCUGGGAAAAGAGAUGGUGCAGGAAAUGUGUCAAAGGCUCCCGAAAAACGCCCUCAGCUGGCCGUGUGUGUGUACUCAGUCUGAAAUGGGACAUGGGCACGUAUAUUCCAAAAGGGUUUUUCUGGACUUCCAUCAUUCUGUUCAUUUUAUGGGAAACUUUUCCCUGAAGGAAUUAGUUUAAACUCAAAAAUCCCAGCAAUGCACACAGACAAAUAAAGUCCUCCUGUGUGUGCUGUGAUUUAUGGAGUCCACAAACCCAAGUGGGCAGACUGGGGCUGCCUGCAAUCCCAUUUCUCUGUGGGGUUAAGAAACAGUUUUCCUACACUUCCAGUACCUCAGUUCACCAAAAUGGUGUUUAGAGGCAAGAACCUUGUCCAGCCCAACCUAAGCUGAAGCUGCCUUCCUUUUUUAGACUAACAGCUCCAGAGAAUGCAGGUGUCUUUCAUGGUUUCCUGUUGUUUGACAAUUUAAAUAAAAAAGUGAAGUUGCUUAACUUCCACAAUUGUGUAAGUCCACGUCUGACUGACAUUUGAGCUUCUGGCUCGUGUGACAGAUUCUUCUCACACAGCAAGUGGUUAAAGUGGUGUGCUGACACUUGGGGAGUUUUCCAGCAGCACUUCCAUGGUGGGAGGUAAGAUGGAGCCAUAUCAUUUCUUGUUUCUUUUAUUCUUGUACACUCUGCGAGAUUUGGUGUGGGAAACUGGGAGGUUUCAUGGCUUGACUCCUCUGGAAUGUGGCAACAAUGGGAUGCAGGAGGAAAAGUGGCAGCAGCAGAGAACGGGGUGUUUGUUUUCAUGUUGUUGGAAUAUUUUCACAUUGUUCACGAUCCACAGUUUGCAAAGCAUGUGGUGAGAAAUGCCAGUGCAGGGAUUUUGUAGUGGAAUAUCUUUUAGAAUCCCUAUCUCUAAGAUUGCACACACAAAUUGGAGAAAGUUACUGUUCCUGUUCUGGUGGGAAAAGUCAAUUUAACUUAAAAACAUCAAGGGAGGAACUUUUCAAAGCUGCUUCUGAUUAUGAAAAUGUUCACAGGGUUUUAACUGCUGCAAAAAUAGUCCUGUAGGUGCUUUUUAGUUAUUAAAUAUCCUCCAUUUUCUGGGUGGAGAAGGCGCUGUGCAGGGAGCAGUGAACUCUGUGUACAGGAACAAGACACAGGGGCUGGUGCUGAGGAACUGCCAGGUUUGAGUGGCUUUGUGCCACUUCUACAAGAUUUCCAAGAAAUGGAUAGAAACUAAGUCAAGUCUUUUGAGUUAGAAGAGGAUAACAAAUUUGUAUGUGUAUAUAAAUAUAACUGUUUGCCUUUCUUUCAGCUUCUGUUCCUGUCAGUUAAUGCUCUGAGAAAAUGGGAGGCAGGUCCUCAAAAGAAGCUCCAGUUACAUCAGGACCCAUUUGCCCUACUGUUCCUGUCCCCACCACUGCGCUCACCCCUACAGUUGAUUUCAGAACUGCAGAAGUCAGAUGUGGGAUUAAUAACGAUGAAAUACUGUACAUGUCACUGGCCUUCAUCUCUGGCAUCCUCCUGACUGUCCUGGUUUUUGCAAUCAUCUUCCUCUUCAGAAAAAGGUCUAAAAGAUGCCACCAAAAUUUACAAGAGGAAACUUUCUCCCAGAUGGCAGCUGAGGAAUCUGUUAGGAACACCCAGAAUGAAGUGACCUACAGCACUGUGGUCUUCCAGCGGGGCAGGACACCACAGCCUGUGUGAUGAGGAAGCUCCAAAUGGAAUAAAAACGAUCCCACUUUCUGGACAUCAAAAGCCACGAGGAUGUUACACCAAGGGAAUGCCCUGGGAAUGCCCCCAUGCCCUCUGUAACACAGCUCUUUUUGUAGUUACAACAGGAAAUUGUCUCCUGUUCAAACUGGCUGCCAACAGCUGUGGGCAAAUGGACAGUUUCGAUACAGGAUUUCCUCAUCUGUAUAAAUCUCCCUGCCUUGUACAGUUUCCGUUUGUGAGAACCACCAGAGAGACGUGAGAAAUGGAAAUGUUUCUCUGCAUCUAGCCAUAUCUGUGUCCUCGUGUUUCCCUUUUCUGUCACCAACUCCAACAUUUUCUGGUCUUUUUUUU